AUGAGUGAAUAUCUUCCUUCGUUCAUCGUCGAACCUGUUCUGCGCCAAGCGAGGCGAAUCUCCCGGCUUAGUACCGGUGAGGAAUCGCCUGGCUUUCUCCCUGCCGUCCCUGAUCUACAACGUUGGAAUCCCACUCGCCUUUGGAACACCUCUCCUCCCCCGGAACUCCCAGCACCCCAGCCUGAACACAAGGAAACCACAGUGCAAUCCAUAGCAAGAAGUAUCCAGAUAUGGGCCAGUCAGUUGAACAGUUUCGACCAAGUGCCCUCCCCUCCUUUGGAGCCCAUGGACGACCAAGACAUCCCGACACAACCGCUUGGCUCUGAAGCCUCAGCAGUCACCGAGUUUCCACCUCUUGAACCCGAUGUCGUCGCUCCAGUGAGGCCGGCAGUACUUCGUGAGCAUCGAACAAUCAGCGAGACUUCACUGAACCCCGCACAUGAAUUACCCUACCGCUCGAGGGUUCAUGCCGACAGUGGUCGGUCGCACUCAUCUUCAGAUCCGCGAAAUGCUGGUCUUCCAUCUGUCGUGCAAACCCUGGAAUCCUCGCCAGCAGUGGACCAAGUUGGAGAACACACUCGCCAGAGAGAUGGCUCCGGCGCUUUACCCGAGGAUGAUGGAAUGGGUCCCCUCAGGCAAAGAAUCAAUCAAGUAUGGGCAGGGUCCGGCACGCCCGCGGAGAAGUCCAGACUGAUCCAUUCUAUGAUGAUGGAAAGAUAUCAGGACACUCGGCCUAUUCGCUCUGGUCACGCGUCCUCGAGAGUAUCAGGGGACAUGGCAAAUCGGGCUGGAUCAACGAGUUCUAUGCUUUCUGGGCCCACUCAACACAUCGACUACCACGUCAGGCCGGAAGAUCUCAUUCCAACUUAUGCUCCACUGGAUUCAGAACCUGCUCAAGAUGACCUUGAACACCCGGGCGAAGCGCCAAAACCCGAGCUAGGCUGUGUUCAUUACAAACGGAAUGUAAAAAUGCAAUGCAAUACAUGCCACCAAUGGUACACUUGCAGACUGUGUCACGAUGAGGUUGAGAACCACACCCUUCCACGACGAGAAACCAAGCAUAUGCUUUGCAUGCUUUGCGGCACACCACAACAAGCGUCUCAAUUAUGCAAAUCUUGUGAGGUGCAGGCUGCCUGUUAUUAUUGCUCUGUUUGCAAGCUAUGGAACAAUGAUCCGGGCAAAUCCAUUUAUCAUUGCGAUGAUUGUGGGAUUUGUCGUUUGGGAGAGGGCCUUGGAAAAGAUUUUUUCCACUGCAAAACAUGUGCAGCUUGUAUGUCGAUUCAAGCGGAAAGUACGCACAAAUGCAUUGAAAGGAGCACCAAGUGUGACUGCCCAAUAUGUGGAGAGUAUAUGUUUACCUCGAACAAGCCUGUGGCCUUCAUGCGAUGUGGUCAUGGCAUCCAUGAGUCUUGUUUCGCAGAGUGGUGCAACACCAGUUACAAAUGUCCGAUUUGUUCAAAGAGCAUUGCGAACAUGGAGAGUCAAUUCCGUAGACUUGACAGGCACAUUGAAGAACAGCCAAUGCCCGAGGAGUAUCGCGACAAUCGCGCCUUGAUCUUUUGCAAUGAUUGCAAUAGCCGAAGUGUCACCCGCUUUCAUUGGCUUGGACUAAAGUGCGCUAUCUGUGAAUCAUACAACACUACGCAAUUAGAGCUUCUGGGGGCCGAACAAACACCGCAGCUUCAGCAGGAAGCCGAGAGAGCCCAGCAGGCGGGAGUGAGUGAAGCCGCUUUGACGGCUAGUCAAACUCAUACACCUACUGGCGAACUGGUACAGUCGGUAGAAACCAGAAUGACGCCGAUGGAGGCGUCUCGACCGGUCCCGAUCGACGCCCCAACCCUUGCCCACUCUCCUAACGCCAGAUCGCCGUGGUUAAUGCCCCAUUCCCCCGCAGGUCGAUCUGCCAGGUCCAUGUCACCUGUGGUAGGGAGCUACUUCGGGACUGGAUCGCGUUUACCAGAGCCUGUCCGACGGGCGACAGCGCCGUUGGAAGACGAAGACGACCUCGACUUCUGGGGUCGACCGCACUCACCCAGCCAAAACGUGGAUAUGGACGAUGCGUCGGAAUCGGAGGAGAGCAGCAGCGACGACGCGAUGGAAGAAGACGGAGACGAUGAGGACGAAGAUGAAAUGGAUUUGAUCGGCCACAGAUAG